AUGGACGACAAGAUGACUGCUUCUCCUGUCGGCAUAUCUGCCUCGGACACAUCCGCCGUCGACAAGCAAACGGGUCAAUCUGGGUCACAGGCUUCUAUCCCUAAAGAUAUGGCUUACCAUACACUCAGCAAGGCACUUCUCUUCCCGGAUAUAGAUCAAUACCAGCACUGGCAUCAUGUCGCGCCCAUGCUCGCAAAGUUCCUCGUCGACGGGAAGUAUAGCAUCCAUCAGCAAUAUGAGUACCUGUGUCUCUUCGCCCAGGUCAUUGUCCCAGUGCUUGGCCCGUACCCGACACCAGGAAGAGACGUAUACCGAUGCACACUGGGUGGUAAUAUGACAGUCGAACUGAGUCAGAACUUCCAGAGAUCAGGAUCGACGGCGCGAAUUGCCUUUGAGCCCGUCCGCUACCAGGCGAGUGUCGGCCACGAUCGAUUUAACCGGACCUCGGUAAAUGCGUUCUUCUCCCAGCUACAAUUGCUCGUCAAAAGCGUCAACAUAGAACUGCAUCACUCCCUCAGCGAGCAUCUGACACUGACGGCCAAAGAUGAGCGGAGCUUGAGUGAGGAGCAGCUUACAAAGUACCUCACAAACUUUCAGGUGAAGACCCAGUAUGUUGUGGCAUUGGACCUGAGGAAGACUGGCAUCAUUGUCAAGGAAUACUUCUUUCCUGGUAUCAAAUGUGCAGCCACAGGUCAGACUGGAUCCAGCGCAUGUUUUGGAGCAAUAAGGGCAGUCGACAAAGAAGGCCACCUAGAUAGUUCGUGUCGAUUAAUCGAAGCACAUUUUCAACAAAGCAAAAUCGAUGCGGCUUUCCUUUGUUGCGACCUUGUUGACCCUGCGCAUACUCGAUUUAAGGUCUACAUCGCCGACCCUCUCGUCACCCUCGCCAGAGCGGAAGAACACUGGACGCUGGGCGGACGACUGACAGAUGAGAACACCGCAAUUGGGUUGGACAUCAUCCGUGAGCUCUGGACAGACCUGGGUAUCAUCGAAGGCACAAUCAGUCCAUCGGGCAUAUUGGACAAACCGUUCUUGCCCAUUAUGCUGAAUUAUGAGAUGAAGGCUGGCCGGGUCCUCCCAACGCCCAAGCUCUAUAUGCCACUCACAGGGAUUCCAGAAACCAAGAUAGCGCAUACAUUGACUGCCUUCUUCCAGCGUUACGACAUGCCAGAGCAAGCAGAGGUGUUUAUGGAGAAUUUACAGGCAUACUAUCCCGGUAAGGAUCUGGAAGAGGCAACGCGUUACCAAGCGUGGCUGUCCUUUGCAUACACGAAGGAAAGAGGGCCAUAUCUCUCUAUAUAUUACUUUUGGCCUGAAUGA